AUGACUGUGUGCAUCUUCCCUGGUGCUUUCUUGCUUCUCACACUGAAACUCUCUUCAUACCAGGUUGUCCGUAGCCGUCUGGAGAAGAAAGGAAUUGCAGUCCAUAAUGUAAGGCUGAAUGGCUCAGCAGCUAGCCAUGUUCUCCAUCAAGACAGUGGCUUGGGGUACAAAGACCUAGAUCUCAUCUUUGGUGUAGAUCUGAAGACUGAAGAUGUCUUCCAGCUCGUUAAAGAUGUGGUCAUGGACUGCCUUCUUGACUUCCUCCCAGAAGGUGUCAACAAAGACAAGAUCACCCCUAUGACUCUGAAAGAGGCCUAUGUGCAGAAGCUGGUGAAAGUAUGUAAUGAAACCGACCGCUGGAGCCUUAUAUCGCUCUCCAACAACAGCGGGAAGAACGUGGAACUCAAAUUUGUGGACUCCCUCAGACGGCAGUUUGAGUUCAGUGUGGACUCCUUCCAGAUCAUCCUGGAUUCGCUCUUGCUGUUUGGGGAGUGUUCAGAGAACCCCAUGGCGGAGAACUUCCACCCCACGGUCACUGGGGAAAGCAUGUAUGGGGACUUUGAGGAGGCAAUGGACCAUCUCCGGAACAGGGUCAUCGCCACGAGGAACCCUGAGGAGAUCAGAGGUGGGGGGCUUCUGAAAUAUUGCAACCUCUUGGUGAGGGGGUUUAAGCCUAAAUCAGAAGUGGAUAUGAAGGCGCUACAGAGAUACAUGUGCUCCAGGUUUUUCAUAGACUUUUCUGACAUCAGUGAGCAGCAGAGGAAGCUGGAAUGCUACCUUCAGAGCCACUUUGUUGGGAUGGAGAGCAAAAGAUAUGACUAUCUGAUGACCCUACACAGGGUGGUCAAUGAGAGUACAGUCUGCCUUAUGGGACACGAAAGGAGGCAGACCCUGAACCUCAUUGCCAUGCUGGCUGUGAGAGUCCUGGCUGAGCAGAACAUCAUCCCCACAGUCACAAAUGUUACCUGCUUCUAUCAGCCAGCUCCUUAUGUCAGCGAAAUAAACUUCAACUACUACGUCACCCACGUGCAGCCCUUCCUGCCUUGCAAUCAGUCCUACCCCACAUGGCUUCCCUGUAACUGAGCCAGGACAAACUUCAGGGUCUGUCCUCCAAGGUAUUUUCUUGCCUUGGGGAGCAGGGGGGAGGGAACCUUCCCAGAACUGCAACAAAAGGAAACUUCCUGGACUCUUGCUGCAGUGUCUCGUUCCUGGGAUUCUUGGAAUGAGGCCUGUCUGCUGUACACUGUGAUUGGAUGUGCAGUGUUAUGGAAACUAGAUUACUUGGACGUUUACAGGAAGACUUGAUCGCUUAUUGAGUUCUGUAGGCAAUGGGGGGAGGGUGGGUGUGUGUGUAAGGGGAGAUUGUAGAAUUACAUUAAGGUAGAGCUGCACUGCCCUGAAAUGGAUCUGAUUUUUUUUUUAGUGCAGGAGGUGUUAUGUGUGUGCAGACUUGUGGUUUCUGAAGAUAGAAGCCAGAGUGGCUAAUUCCUUUGAAGGACCAAAGAAUCCUGUUUAAGUGCCUGUAACAAUAUAAACACAACUGUACUGUAAACCUUCUUUUGCAGGGGUUGACAUCCCAAGAGCUUGAGUGGGGAUGUCUCAAGACGAACAUGUUCUGUUUUGGGGGGGAGGGUCGUAAGAUCAUUUCUAGUAACCUCGCUGAAGCAAGAAUGGGACUGCAGGUUACAUGUUGCUGAGGUUUUUGGCAUGGCUUGCUGCCUAUGAAGGACCAGCUGUAGCAAAUAGCUGUCAAAGCUGAGUUGCAUAAAACAGGCGGGGUUUGAAUGACUACAUGUAAAUGCCUGAAACUGGGGACACGGGGUAGGGGGGGAAGUGCAUGGUAGAGAAUGCUGUGCAGAGCUUUAUGGAGAAAAGGCAGCAGGGACCUACACAUGAACUUAUUAAAGCUCCCAAGUCUGCAGUGCCAAGAUGUAAUGAUGUACAUAAAUGAUAAGGCAGAAGAUCUGUCCAGGGGCCUGCCCUAGGCUACUGUACAUAACUGUAUUUUCUAGGGGAAUUUGAAAUGCUGCUUUUUUUGGCAUGCAGUGUGGUUUUAAUGCACAAGCCAGAAGCUGGCUGGGUUGUCUGGGAAGAUGAGGCUUGUCCUUGAAGCACAAACCAACUAGUUAACUAGUCGGUUAUCCCCGGCAGUUGCUGUGAUGGGGCCUGGAGCUUGUGUUCUUCGAAGGGAGAUUUGCAGAACUUCUUGAGGCUCCAGCCUCCUGUGGCCUGAAGUCUUCCCUCUGCCCCUGGGCAGGUCCUGUCUUCAAAAGCAGCCUAUUUCCAGCUAUGUGAUUCCACAUGUGCACAACAGAUAGCGUUUUAAAUUCAUUCUCUAGUUAGAAAAGGACCUUGUGGGGUUUUGUGCGAAAGUCAGUUGGCCUUAGGAAAAAGUAUGUCUUCUCCAAACAAACCCUCUUGUGUGCCGAGGGUUCUGGUUAUCUUAGUCAAACAUGACUUUGAAGUUGUUGGGUGUCUAGAGCACAAACAGUCCUUCACUGAGAUGCCUGGACUGCAAUGCCCAUUCUCAUGGAACAUCAUCUCAGAUUUAACUAUGCAUGGUUGCGGAGAUGGGAGAGCAAACAGGCACUUCCUAGAUAUGCUGCUCUGGGAACACUAUGGCUUCAUGGUGCUUCCUCCAAGGCUAACGUACUUGAGUAUCUUUACUAACUUGUUUUUGUUUUUGUGACAAAACUGUAAUAGCUGGGCAGACUGAACACUCUAAUAAAGACUAGCUACUUGGAAUGUGUAUAGCCAGAAUGCUACCUUUUUUGGGGUAGGGGUGAUGUGGAGUGGGCAUAAGGGGUGGGGGGGAAGGAUCUGGGGGCUUUUGCACAUAAUGUAAACUAACCAAUUUUAAAUUGGUCUGGCUUUGCUUCCAAUGCAGUAAGAGCUGAAGAGGAAGCAUCACUAACGCUGUAGUUGUUACAGAUUUAACAAUGACUUCCCAUAGGAUGGCUUUGCCUUCACAGACAAGGCUUGCAUGUAGACUCCACGGCAGUCCAGUAACUCCUUGGUGCCCAGAGCCUGCUCCUUGUGAUGGGAGUUUGAGACUUUUCAGUGCAAGGUAAAAACUGGUUUAAGGGCUGCUUUUGAGGUACUAAGUAUGCCACCUUCAUGGCUUCAAGGGAAGAUUUUUUUCUUACAUUUUAAACUUCAGAUCUACAUAGAUGACAUGUAGCAUGCUUUUUUACAGGCUUCUUACUCUGUACCCACAAACACAUAGCUGCACUAAGCUGAGAUUCCCUCCCUCCUGUUUAAGAUGUAAAGAUUCCCUGCAGCCAACAGCUUGGUAGGGCAAUUUAAGUUGAGAUUGCACUUUUGAUUUAUGGAGUGUGUAUGGUGGGACUCUUGUGAAUGAGUUGAAUCUGAAUUUUCUAGGUCUUGCAGUGAUACUGUGCUGCCUCCUGUGAGGGAGAAAUUGGAGAAUUCCAGUGGCUUGAAUGGCACUUGAUUUUGUUUUAAUGUUUUUUCCUACACCUGUAUCACUUGUCAUGCGAUGGGCUUGACAUAGACUCACUAGAUUCUUUAGAAUCUGUUACAAAUAAAUACAGUGUAUUCAAAUUUGUUGGA